GUAGAGAAUACUAAUAUUGUAAUUGUACAUUGCCAUUCAUAUAUAUUCAGACUUCAGCAUGAAUUACUCUAACCGCAACUCGUCGACGCCUCCUUACCAGACCCUCAGCCCUAACACUAACUUCUAUCUCGACACUGCGGUAGAAUACCUCGCGUCGUCGGAGGGUUGGAGCGGCUGUGAGGAAGCUAACGACAACUCGGGUUACUACUGUGACUCACGAUUUGCACUCGCCAACCCAAGAAACGUCGCGGACUGCCAGCCUGGUGAUGCCAUGCACAACGAGGAAACGAUGCCCAAUUCCACGUCGUUCCAGGCACAGCCAGUGGAUCUCCUGCCAGACCAGGCCACGGGAUACCCUCACGAGACUCCUGCUCUGCUGGAUGCAUCUUCACCCUACUGCCAUUCACUGGAUGCUGCAAACCUCGACUGGCACCACCAACCUUCAUCAUCCGAAGAGUGCUCGCUGGACGGAGAGUCUAGGGAGCGUGAGCAGUUUGGUGAUACUUUUGUCCCGAUGAGACAAUGGUCUCCCACGGAUGGGAUGUCGCAGGCAACCCAUGGCCACCUGGCGGCAGCGGUUGGAGGCACCACAAGCACGAAGACGAGUAAGCGAGGUGCGCCUCACCGCCACACUAGACAGUUCCUCGAAGGAGACGAAAAGAUUCGCAGAAUGCGCGAUCUUAACAACGAAGCAUCACAGAUUUACCGUAUAAGUAAGAAGGAUGAGAAGCUGGAAUUGCAAAUUCAGAAUCAAAAACUUGUCCAGGAAAACCGAAAUCUGCACAAGGAUUACAAUGCACUGGAAGCCCAUGCUCAGUGGUGUCGGAGGGUAUAUGGUGACUUACAGUCCAGCCUGCCUUCCAUGCCUCCCGCGCCGCGUCCUGUCUCCCCAUUCAUUCCCUGUGCUGACCACGACGCCUCCACCAUCACCUAGUAAACAAUUAGACGUCAACACCACCAAUAACCAUUUCAUUCACACAUGUAUUCCAUCAUUACGUAUUAUAUUAUUUAUUACAUUCCUUUAGCGUAGUAAUGUUUCACUGAUAAGUCAGCUUACGGGGAACGUUAAGACGGGUUCAUACGUGUCAAUUUGGGGUUGGAAAUGCUACCCGCUAAAAGUAUAAACUGAGCCGUACUUGCCGGAACACGCUCACAUAUAGCUGCUGCGAAGUAUAUAGGA